AUGCGUCACAAGCUUGUGCUGGUGCUGGUGGUGCCGGCUCUUUGCUUCCUCUUUGUCGCCACGAGUCUAUACUUGGGCCGUGAUCAUUUGAGUCGCAUCUCUCACACGUAUCUUCCGCUCCAGAACGAACCGGUGCAAUCUUCACUGAGCCCCACCAGGAUCUCGAUUACGACGACAGUCUCAGACCCCGACCAAACGAGUUCCUCGACGCCAAGCGCGCAGAUCACACCAACCCUCGUUUCUUCGGCAAACAUCUCCACUCCAUCUGCGACGGUUUCGUUUGUCCCGUCAAUACAAAGUGGAACCAUCCUUUCAGCCGAGCAGAUCUCUCGUUAUGUAUCAGCCAUCCUCGAUCCUACUGCGACAGACCUUCCCCGACUUGAGUGCCCCGCGUUAGGCAAAGAGAGAUACGAAGUUCUUCAACAAGGGUGGGAGGAACGAGACGACCAGGAAGAUGUUUUGGACGAGCGAAUCGACUACUUCUUUGCCCUCAACUUGCGCGAAUGCGUGCACCUUCUCCCACGUCUUUUGGGUAGUGUUGUCGAAGCCAUCCGCUUCCUCGGUCCUCAUCGCUGCGCCCUUUCAAUAGUGGAAGGCAAUUCACCAGAUGGAACCGGCGAUGUUCUUCUCGCUUUGCGUCCCUUUCUUAAGGACCUUGGCGUAACCUACAUUUACAACAGGUCAAAGGUCAACCCGUCCAAAGGCGACCGUAUUCAGAAGCUAGCUGAACUACGAAACCUGGCACUCAGGCCAUUAUAUCAGCAAAAAGUCGCAGCCACGGAGGAAACUACUGUCUUGUUUAUCAACGAUGUGGCCGCCUGUCCCGAGGAUCUCCUUGAGUUGGCCCUCCAGCGACGCAACAUUGGCGCAGACAUGACGUGCGCGAUGGACUGGACUUAUGUGGGAAAUGAUCCCACCUUUUAUGAUAUCUGGGUCGCUAGAGCCCUGUCGGGUGACUCCUUCUUUCGAGUUGGUGAUGACGGCAAUUGGAACUCGGCGUGGAACCUCUUUUGGAACGCGCCGGAAACCAAGGACCGAUACAACAGGCACCUACCCUUUCAGGUCUUUGCCUGCUGGAAUGGAGCCACUGCGUUCACAGCAGCUCCUCUGCUCCAUGGCCUUCGCUUCCGCUCUCCUCACGGCGACAAGGGCGAGUGUUUUCAGGGUGAACCAGAGCUCUUCUGCAAAGACCUCUGGUUUAGGGGAUAUCGCAAGAUUGCCGUGGUGCCAACGGUAAAUCUCGAAUAUUCGGACGAGCGUGGGGCAGACAUCAAAAGCCUCAAGGGGUAUGUCUCAGGGAUGGUUGAGGAACAGGACAAGGAGAGUAGUAGAAUCGACUGGGUGCUAGAGCCGCCACGUGAGGUGAGGUGCAUGCCAGAUUUCCAACAUCAAACCUGGCGGCCGUGGAACGAAACCCUGAGUUAG